AUGGAGACUAUAAACCAUACAUAUGCUACUUUCACACUUCUUGGUCUUUCGGAAGAACCAUCUUUGCGCCUCCCUCUCUUUUCCUUCCUACUGAUUGCAUAUUGUCUAUGUUUAAUGGGGAAUUCAUUCAUGACUGUUCUUAUUAUAGCAAAAAGUCAACUCCACACACCCAUGUACUUUUUGCUUGGAAAUCUCUCUAUGAUUGAUGUUUGCCUAAUUUCCAUCACCAUUCCAAGAGUUUUGUCUGGCCUCCUUUCAAAAAAUAACUCUAUUCCCUUCCAUGGCUGCUUUGUACAACUGUUUUUCUUUAUUGCUGUUGCAAACAUGGACAGCUUUCUUCUGGCUAUCAUGUCAUUGGACAGAUAUGCAGCAAUCUGCCAACCAUUGCGUUACUCAACCAUAAUGAGCAAAAGGAUGUGCAUUAGUCUAGUCAAUUCAUCAUGGGUUAUUGUUUGCCUCCACUCAUUGUUGUAUACAGUUAUGUUCUCCUCUUUGGUUUAUUGCGAUUCUGUUGUCCACCACUUUUUCUGUGAUGGACCUGCCCUGCUGAUGAUUUCUUGCACAGAUACCUCUGUUAUUGAGAUGUUUAUAUUUGUUGAAGGAUCAAUUAUUAUUAUGAGUCCAAUGUUUUUUAUCCUAACAUCUUACACAUUCAUCAUAAGGGCUGUGUUGAGGUUGCACACAACCUCCGGUAGAAAAAAGACUUUUUCAACUUGCUCCUCCCAUCUCACGUUAGUCAUUAUCCUUUACAGCUCUGUCAUAUUUAUGUAUUUUCGUCCAAGCUCCCUCUUCUCACCAGUGUAUGAUCGUGUGGUCAGUAUGCUCUACACUGUCCUUACUCCUAUGCUCAAUCCUUUUAUAUAUAGUUUGAGAAAUAAGGAGGUCAAAAAUGCAGUGAAGAAGUUCAUAUGUUGUGGGGGGGGGGGGGGAGGGGAGAAUGACCAAUGA